UUGAGUCCAUGUCGUGGCAAGUCUAUGUCGAAGUGAAAGCACCUCCGUCGCCACUCCGAUUGGUCAGCCAACCCCUUCUGCCUCGGCUCCCUUGCAAUCUCUCGACUUUCAACGCAUUCUUCUCCAAACCAACAUACGCAUUAUCCUCCCCAUACUUCAAACCUUAUUGGAGGCAAGACUCUUCACUACAACACCGUAUAAGCCAUCUAAAUUCUCCCAUUAUACCUUCAAAAGAUGCAGCGCACUGCCCUCACCCGUCUCCCACGCCACCUCUCGCGACGCCGCCGCACACCCACACUCACCCACGCCGCCUCAGCAUUCUUCAGCACCUCCCUUCCACAGCGCAGCAGCAGCAACGCGCCGCCCCCAUCACCCUUCGGCAGCGGGCCCUCACCGCCACGCCUCCCAAAAGAAGAACAAGAAAUCUUCGAAAAGCUCCAGCGCCAAAGCACAGGCGCAUUCAGCACACCACGAGACCUCGAACCCAGCGCCUCGCCUUCUUCCUCAACAACGGUCUCAUCUUCACCGUUCGACAUCCGCGCUAGGAUCAAUCAGUCACCGGACUCUUCGAGUCCCUCGUCAGCACAAGGAGAGGGCAAGGAGGGCGGCGACGGAGCGCAGAUUAAUAUUGAGGGUGGUGCAAAGAUUAGGGAUGGCGAGGAGUUCCAUCCGAAUAUGCGGAGGGGCGCGCCGCCUGAGUUUGAGGGAGAUGUUAAUCCGAAGACGGGGGAGGUUGGGGGGCCCAAGAAUGAGCCGUUGAGGUGGGGGAGUCAUUCGGAUUAUAGUUUUAAUGGGAGGGUUACGGAUUUUUGAUUGUCAGAAAACUGUAGGGAGAAAAAUGUAACGGGGUAAGAAUGAGUGUGUUGGACGAGAUCCAUGGUGUGGAAGAGGGUGCAGUUGAUAUCGGCGUGCAGCGUUUGGCAUGUGUAUGUGUGUAAUAAAUCCUUACAUCCUGGUAUUUUUUUUGGCUGUUCCGUUUGUGUACCAUCUCUGCGACAGCUGAGGGCUCGAAAGACUUGUUCUUGUGCAGUGCGUUGCUGUUCUUGAACUGUACACUCUUCAUGCAAUGUGCAAUCUUGCUCUACACAUAUAUGUACAUGUGCUAUAUCUACAGGUGAGGGCAGGACAACGAGUGCAAGAUCAAUCUUUAGAAUUUUAAUCAAAACAGGCUCAAAUAACAGAAGCAACAUUUUAGUAGACUCAAAACUCAUAAGAAAUCGCGUUGCGCAACAAAGAAGCUUCGAUAGUCUCAACCUUCCUAAUCGGGUAAUCUACCAAAAUCCGUUGAUUCUAGCUUGCUCUACCCCGUCGUCAUUACUGUAAACAGACUAGUGCAGCAACAAGCAAACUACCCGAAUAGGCAGGUCUAGUAGCGCUCACAAAAAGUGUCGAAUACUGCUUACUUUCACCGCUGCGCACCACCCACUUUGGGCGCUUGCCUCCUCAGUCUCAAAACUUUGGAUUGUUGGGGGCAUGGGUAGUUGUCCUGCGCACAAUUGGCUGUAUGUUCUACUGUCUGCAGCUAGUGAAAGAUGUGUAAUGCAAUACAGAGUUUUUUAUCAUUGCAGUAGACAUACAAAUACAAGAGAUUAUAGUGUCGCGCAUCAUUCCUACAGUGUUGGUGGUCUGGUGGGUGGGUGACGGUAGCCCAAUACCCUUUGGUGUUGAGGAAUCAACAUGCCUAAUUAGGAAGGUUGGAGGAAAACCGUUGAAAGCCUUUAAGAUCAACUUGCGUUCGCGGAUUCAGUCACACUGCUAUUCAACACUGCAGCCAUGUUCUCGCUCUUCAAUGAUGUUCCCUAACCACUUCUUUGAUGCGAUGCGCAAAUAUAGUUUUCAGAGUGCAGCUCUUUUCCCCUCUCAGAAAUUGAUUG